AUUAUUACUAAUUAUUAGUGUAUUAGUAUUACUACAUGUUCAGGACGGUCUCUUUCUGGUCACAAUUUUGGUUCUUUUAGUGCUCUAGCUGAAUCGAGAUGAUCCAAGUGUUCUCUGUGAGAUGAAAUCUGUCGAAGGAAGUACACGGUGUAGUUAGUUUCUCUCCUCUCGAUUGACCCUUUUUGAACUACACCAUUGAUGUCUGUGGAAAAGAAGCUGCACCUAUCGUGGCACGACAGUGCUUGGAUUCCGAUUCUGCAACCCAGCAAUGUGCUGGAGUACUUCUCUCAGCGCUCCAAUCCUUUCUACGAUCGAACGUGCAACAAUGAAGUCGUUCGAAUGCAGCGGAGAGAAUUGUCGACAAUCAAGAGUAUGACGGGGCUGGAGUAUGAGCUGCUACAUGUCCAGGGAAAUUUCCUGUACAUCAUUCGCAAGCAGUUCCGCCACUCACCCACAGAAGUGACACCACAAGCUAACUAUUACAUCCUCAAUGGCGUUGUCUACCAAGCACCGGACCUGCACGCCGUCGUAAACUCGAGAGUAUUCAGUGCGUUGUACCACAUCACCAAAGCAUUUGAUGAAGUAUCACCAAGGGCACGGUAUCACCCCACUAGUGGCUAUCUGUGGGACUUUGAGCAUGCACAGCUCGAAGACUACAAGAAGAAGGAGGCAUCCAUCGAGCGCUCGACCAAGGAAUCAAACGUGCAGCACCAGUGUGUCUCUAUGAUCUUGAACGAUGUCGUCAAGAAAUUCCCUCCGCAGGUUGUGUCUUCGGAGCAGGCAACUACCGGCGAAGCUAAAACACCCGCAGCUGCCAGCUCCAAUGAAAGCGGCGAAGGCCCUGGUGCACCUUCCAGUACAGAGGCACCCAGCGCUGCACAGGCAUCGGUGUCGACUUCAGCUUCUGCUCAGAUCACAUCUGUGAAAAGGUCUGCAGGUGAGGACAGCACCGAGGCACCUGCUGCAAAACGUUCCAGGCUGGCGUGAGGCAGGCAUCUUCUCUUUUACUUUACCUCCCGUUCCCCCCCCCCCCGUGUUAUGGUUUUUACUGCAUCUGUACAAAGAAGUUUUUUAUAUUAUUAUUUCAGUGUCCUUUCUAGUGUAUAUAUGACAUGCAACUUUUAACUUAAUUUUUUGUUCCAUUGUUCGUCCUCCUAUUCUCCACUCUGUAUUAUAGUUGUAUUUCCAGCUUGACUGUUUAUAAUAGGUCUAAUUCGCUUUCUUGAAGAGAUUUUUACCUCCCUCAGGUCUAAUUCGCUGUUAAGCGGAUUUCUUGAAGAGGUUUUUACCUCCCUCUGUUCAUGGUGUUGUUUAUUUGCGAAUUUGUGUCAUGUACCCAUAUUGACACAUGUGUAAUCAAAAGCUUGAUUGCAAUGAAGCAGGAAUCA